UCAUGCAUUGUAUGCGAAUAGAGGAGAAUCAAUUGUGCAAUAAAUUCCUGAACAAAUUGCAAUUAAUAGAUCUUAUAAACAUAAAUGUAUUUCAGUACGCCAUUCAAUGCCAAUGUAAUCCCAUUGGUGGUUUAUUUGAAUAAUUUGCUGCCACAUUCAAAAGCAAUUCAUGCACGAAAUAUAUUGCAGAAUCAAAUUGACAUAUGUUCAAUAAACUUACAAUUUCAGUAGAUAAAUUGGAUUACAAGCUUAGUCCCUGGUGCAUGGUUUUGGGUUGCAAAAUGGAGUUAGAGAAAUGUUUGACAAGUCUUUGGGUGCUUGAUGUUUUCAUUCUCUGGGCUCUGUUGUCUUUUUCAGUAGUAGUGAGCUCAAAAUCACAACAAGUCCCUGCACUUUUUAUCUUUGGUGAUUCACUGAGUGAUGAUGGGAACAACAACUAUCUAUCUUCUUUGGCCAGAUCAAACUUCCCUCCUUAUGGGAUUGAUUUUCCCUUUGGACCUACUGGAAGGUUUUGCAAUGGACGUACUGUGGUAGAUUAUAUAGGCCAAUUUCUUGGAUUGCCAUUUGUGCCAGCCUAUUUGGCUCCAUCAACCAAAGGGAAAAAGGUUAUGGAGGGAGUAAACUAUGCUUCAGCAGCUGCUGGGAUUUUGGAUGAUACUGGUAGAAACUAUGGCGGUCGAAUAUCCUUUAAUGGACAAAUAAGCAGUUUUCAGAAUACGUUACAGGUUGUGAGUAGACGGUUGGGAAGUCCAGAAGCAGUUUCCCAGUUUCUGUCAAAGUCCAUUUUCGCUCUAAGUCUUGGAAGCAACGAUUACAUCAAUAACUACUUAUUGCCGCAGUUUUUUACAACAAGCAGGCAGUAUUCACCACAAACUUUUGCUGACCUUUUAAUCUCUGAAUACUCAAAACAGCUGCAGGGUCUGUAUAAGUUAGGUGCAAGGAAAUUUUUAGUGUCUACAGUGGGUCCUCUGGGUUGCAUUCCUCAGCAGUUGGCCAUGACAAACUCAAAUGGUCAUUGUGUUGAGAGUAUUAAUAAGCUAAUCGAGCCAUUCAAUGAUGGGCUUCUGAGUUUGAUCAAUCAACUAAACAAUAACCUGACUGGCUCACAUUUUGUGUACCAAAACACCUACACAGCUGUUCUGGACAUGAUUAACAAUCCCACUGAAUAUGGUUUUAGGGUGGUGAACCAGGGUUGCUGUGGAGUUGGAAGGUACAAUGCACAGAUAACAUGCAUCCUUUUCAUUCAACCUUGUGCAAACAGAAACCAAUAUGUGUUCUGGGAUGCAUUUCAUCCCACUGAAGCAGUCAACUUGAUAUUGGCCAACAAAGCUUUUAAUGGAAGCCCACUGGAUGUUUAUCCCAUCAAUUUGACCACACUAAUGCAAUUGCAUCUUUAAUAUCUUAAAUCCCAAAACUCACUAUUAUGCUUAC